AUGAGCGCUCGAGUCUCUUACUCUGAGCUUAUAGCAAGAGCAAGAGAGAAAAGAGAUGCCGAAUACAAAAAACUAUCCAGUUUUACUAUAUCCCAAAUAGAAACUGCUACAGAAAAAGCAAUGGACUUGUUAAUGACGAAACCGGUACUUCCUGUUGAUUGUGCAACAAUCGUUUUCACAUUAAUAAAGCUCAGGAAGGAUCACCAUGUGAAAUUAUUCAAUAUUCUCUCUUCAAUUUAUCCAACGAAAAAUGAUAACGAUAAUAUUUUCAUUUCGUUCGUAUUUUCGAAACUUAUCAAACAUUUAAAGCGCGAUUACCUUUCUCUUUUCUUAGAUAAUAUUGAGAAGAAUUUAUCUAAUUCAGAAACAGCUCUUUCAGCUGCAUACUUCAUUAAAUUCAGUGUAGAGAACGCGCCAAGCUCGAUUCUGUUCUGUUUUACCAAAUUAAUUAAUGUAUUAAAAUUAUCAUUAACAAAUAAAAACGUAAAAGUUCAAUUUGUAUCAUAUGAGACACUGAAAAAACUCGUGCAAUACCUUAUCAAGACUAGGACUCAACAAAAACAUGACGCAGAAAUAGAUUUCGUUAAAAUUUUAUUAGAUUCUACAAUUUUUGAAUUGACUUCGAAGAAUUCAAUGUGUGAUUUACUUAUAAUUGCUGUAUAUUUAGAGGUUUUGCCAAAUGAUUUAUCUUCUGACUUUUUACAAAGAUUAUUAGCACAAUUAAUCAAUAUGUACGAAGGAUUUACCAACGAAUUACGCGGUGUUGCAUUAUACGUUAUAUCACUACUAUUAACUUACACUCUUCCCGUUACAAUUCAAAAGAAAAUCGAAAUAUACAGAAAUAACUUAUGGUGUGAGGCUUCUUGCCCAACAAGAUUUACUGUAUUGGCUCUUAUACAUAGAUUACAAGCACCAGAUAUAGAAUUAGCAAACAAUUGCAGAUUUUCGAUAAUUAAAACGAUUUUUAGACACAAAUUACUUGAAGUAUCAAAGCUAGGCAUUAUACUACUCAAAACUUUAUGCGAUUUAAAGCCAGAUUUCAUUACUACAUAUAAAAAUGAAAUUAUUUCACUUUUACUAGAGACAGAAGUUGAUGAAACAUAUUGCAACACAAUUCCCAGCAUUGUAGAAAAGAUCUGGGACGAUUUCAGGCCAAAUUUAAUCAAUUUAAUUUUAAAAAAUCCAGGUGUGCUCUAUAACGCUCCAUUUUUGAUAUUUUUGUCUAAUUGCAAGAAGUUAGAGAACCAACAGAUCCGAAAGAUGCUCUUUAUCCUCACAAAAAACUCAAAUCCGCUGAUAAGAGGAGUUUGUCCCGACGCAAUCUUGGCCCAGUACGAUAAAGACGAUACCGAUAUCAUGGAACCGAUUAAUUUGAUUUUAGCUUUGGCCCAUAACGAUCCAGUACCUUUUGUAAGAGAAAAAGUCUUAAUUUCGAUUCCAGAGAGCUUGUUUAUGUAUUUAACCAAUGACCAAGUGCUUAACUCGCUAUCAACAUUGACACACGAUGAUAAUCUUAAUGUUCGGAACAAAGCAACGAUAUUAUUAUGUAAAAUAUCGAAAUACAAUCCAUUUGUUUGCUAUCCGAUCUUAAGGAAGAUACUAUUAGACUCCAUGUUCAUACUCAACUCCAACAGACCUCUUCUAGUUAAGGAAGAAAGCGCAGUUCCUCUUCCAGAAGUAAUUUCAGCGAUUAUCGACUCGUUUUCGGUUUAUGCGUCAACAUUUUGUGAUAUAUCGCUGCACCAGAUCAGUUUCCAGUCGUUUAGAGAGCUUUCUUACUUCGAAUCUAAAGCGAUUUUGAAUUUGAACACGACAUUGAUCAAAGUCAUCGGAAUCAUCGCCGAAUCGAACAUGAAUCUGUUAUCCAACCAAAUUGGCCAGUUCCACAACUUCUUUUUGUACAUGUUGCAGCAACAUUUUCCAAAAAACCUGAAAUUAGCAAUUAUCCACACGAUGUACUCGUAUUUGACCCACGGAUGUGAUACAUUGAAGCUAGAUAUCAAGAGAGUCUUCCCAACAUUGAUAAAUAUAGCUUCAAUGUGGAAUUCAAGAAAAUUAAACAUCGCAGUAUUGAAACUGAUCGGAUUCAUAGGUGCGAUCAAAGAUCAGACCGACCAAACAACACAGCCUAUUGAAGAAACGGUUUCAAACCAUUAUUGCGAUGAAAACUUGAUUUCAUUAACUUGUAGAAUACUUCUGAACAUAUUAACAGAGAACAGCCUGUUGAUAUAUCACCUGGAAACUGUAAAGGCACUAGUGGAUAUAUUCGCAGACAAAUCAAUGACGUUCGGAUUCGAAUUUUUCAAAGAUUUCAUUGAAAAUUUUUUGUCAAAAUUCGAUUCACCGUCAAAUCUCCAGAUCUACUUGGGAUACAUCGGCAGGAUAUGCAGCGAUUGUCCGCCGUCAUGGGUAGCACUCAUUGGCAACGAAAUACUCGAUUUGGUCAUGAAAAUUAUGUCAGAUCCGGCAAACGAACAAAAUUUGGCCGCAAUAUUCAAUUUAUUACCUAUAUUAGUCAAAAACUACUCUGACAUAUUUAUUAUGUAUUUAAGUGGCUUAAUUAAUUUCUUAUUGGAUUCUUUGUACAAAUACGCUUCAGAAAACGCUGAAAUAUCAAAGAACGCGUUGAUCGCUUUGAUAUCUAUCAGAUCUCUGUCUCAUGACUACUUGUUUUUGAUAUUUCCCGAUUUAAUUUCAACUGCAAAUUCAAAUGACACGAAGUCUGUUGUAAAACUGUAUACUUUGAUAGCAUUGAGAGUUUACAUACAGAGUUGCGAUUGUUCGUCGUUCGUUUCAGCUACAAUUCGCUGUGCAUUAAAUGCAAUUAUCACAAGUAAGCAAAAUACUGAUGCAAAUGUAGAAAGAAGUAAUGUAAUCAUUGAAGCAGCUCAACAAGUCAUCUAUUCAAUCAUGGUUAUCUUCGGAAAGGACUAUUUUGUUUUUCAUGAUUCAUAUGUCAAGGAAACAUUCAUAGAAAACAAGAUUCCUUUGACGAGAUAUCAAAUAAUACAUGAUGCUGACUCUUCAUUCGCCCUAUCUGACUAUAAGUUCAUUGAUACUUCUAUUCCAAUUUCAGCGACCACUUAUUCAAAAUCUUCUUCCUCUCAAAAUUUGAAUGCCUUUCAAAAAUCGAAUGGCUCAUUCAAUUUGAAAUUAACACCAAAUUCAUCAGCAGACAAUUUCGAACAGAAAGUUGAAAUUUCAGAACCAUGUCACUUUUUGGAAGUGAAUGAAACCGAAUUAAAAGAUGCAUUUAGCUAUAACGAGACAGAAACACUAUGGAGCCGCAAAGAGUGGUGGACAAGGAUUGUCACAAUCACUAUAAAGAACUCUCCAAACAGAUUUAUUCAUUCUUGUUAUUAUUUAUGCACGAAUCUGAUUCAUAUCGCCGAGAAACUGUUCAACGCAGCCUUCUUGUCAUGUUGGAAGCACUUAGACAAAGAAACAAAGAUAAUUAUCUCAGCAUCAAUGACAAUGGCUUGUAACAGCGAUAGUUUACCGAACGAUAUCAGAUUUAACCUCGUCAAACUCUUCGAAUACAUGGAACAGAACAACGAAAGCAUGAUGUACAUGGAUAGUACUGUUAUUUUACGAGCUGCGGAGAAAUCUUUCUUAUUUGAAGACGCUCUGUAUUUCGCUUCAAAGAUUUUCCCAAACAACAUCGAAGAUUUGGUCAGAGUUUGCGGACAUUUGAAAUUAGACAAAACUAUUCAAGGAUUAACGAAAAUGAUACCUUUAGACGAGAUGAAGAACAAGCCAGCGGCAUUAUACGACCAAUGGAUGCAAAUCAACAUGCACAGAAAGUCUCUAAAGGCAGAAACAGUAAAUUAUUUCAGAUCUCUCAAACAUCUCAGCAAAUGGAGACAAGUAGCCAACGAAAAACCAUCCAGAAACAACAUGACACCACUGGAAAUGAAUGAAUGCGCUCCAAUCUUUGCAGCGGCGUAUUUUAAUUUGGAAAGAUGGGAUGAAUUGGGAGAAAUGAUUGAUAUCCUCAAGAAAAACUCUGUAUCGACUGUUAUCAUGGAAACUGUCUACAAAAUAAAGAAAGGAGAAACAGAUAAAGCAAAAUUAAUGAAAGAGGUCGAAAAAGGCUUUGUUUUGCUUGCAAACAAGGCCAAAAGCGUAUUUAAGCAUAACAAUACAGAACUCUAUCCAUCAAUCAUCAAAGCGCAGCAGUUACAAGAAGUUACUGAAAUUAUUAAUUGGUCUGGUGAACAAACACUCAAAUUAUGGACAGAAAGGCUUGAGAUGUGUCCUAAAGACCCGUAUUUGUACAGUAACAUCCUUCCGAUUCGCUUAGCACAUACAAAUGUUCAGAUACAAAUGCCUGUCAUCAUAAAACUGUUGAAAUUGUACUUGAAGACGAACAAUUACGAGGGAUUCGAUGGUUUGAUUGACAACCUGUUCAAUGAUGGCCAGAAAAUAACUCCCUACAUCAAGUUUUUGCAAAUUAAAUGUAAUUGGCAAAAAGGUGACACUUUUGAGAAAGAAAAAAAUUUACAAAUUCUUAAAAAGACAUUUGUAAAUAAUAACACGAUCAAACCUAAGCUAUUGGCGCGUAUUUAUUACACAAUUGGUGAUUGGAUCAUUCAAAACGACAAACCACCGAUAAAACGCGAGAAAUUGCUAGAAACAAUACAAUACAUCAAUUUCUGCUUCAACCAAAAAGAGUAUUUCUACAAAGCCACCCACAGAUGGAGCUGGGCAAAUGCUUGUUUGUAUAAACAAGACAAUUCUCAGAUAAAAUGUGCCGCAAACGCUGUUUUGGGAUUCAUCCAAUCGAUAGAGAAGAGGGAAGAGUCGUUUUCCGACAUGAUACAGAUGAUUUACUUAGUUUUCACUGCAAAUUUCAGUGAAAUAGAAAUCCAGAAAAUUGGAGAAAAAUUGUUGAAAUUUGACACAAAAUUUUUACAAAUUUCUCCACAACUUUUCGCAAAACUUGGAAAGACAUCAUCACAAUCACAGCAACUAGUGAUCAAACUGCUCCAAAAACUCUUCAAAGUGCAUUACCACUCCCUCUUAUUCCCUUUGUUGCUCUGUAUAAGAGAAAAUUUACCAAAUUCUAUAAGAAUUGAUCAAGAUGUCACUUUUUCAAGUUUACAAGUCACUUCACCUGAAGAAGAAGAUAACAAUUAUGAAGAAGACUUAGCAGAAACUAAUUUCCUUAGUGAGUGUAAGAAUGAAUCCGCUGCGGAGUUGUUGAAUUGGUUCUACAAAAUUAAUCCAAAAAGUGUCAGAGAAGCCAUUACAAUUUCUGAAGGUUUGUUGAGGUGUUCUAGCACAAAAAUAGAAUUGUUGUUUAGUGCCAUUGGCCAAGCGAUGAGAUUGAUGAUGACAGGGAAUUUUUCAAAAGCGAAAUUUUUGUUGGAAGAAGCAUUGCAAAGUCCGUCAAAUUUAAACGAAGACAAAGAAUUCAUGUCCAAGAUCUACAACGAAGUAAUGACUGUCUGCAAGACAAUGAACUACCAGAGCUGCUCGAAACUGCUCAUUGUCUACAACACAAUCAAGAAAUACAUACAAAGAAUCGACCACAUAACAAUUAAUGACAUUUAUCCAAAUUUGUCACUUUUGAAAGAUACAAAAAUAUGUGUCCCCGGCACAUACAAAGCAAAUGGAGAAUUAUCUAACAUAUCUUACUUCGAGCCUGUCCUCAAGUUCUUCCCUUCGAAGCAGAGACCGAGAUUAUUAAUAAUUGUUGACACAAACGGACAAAAACAUCUGAAUUUGCUUAAAGGAUGCGAAGACUUGAGAUUGGAUGAAAGAAUCAUGCAGUUCUUUGGUUUGAUUAACCAACACAUCAAACACGACUUGAAAUACAAAAACCACGAACUAAAUAUCUUCAGAUACUCAAUUACUCCAAUUUCAAGAAGAAGCGGUUUAAUUGAAUUUGUAACUGAUGCAGAUACUAUUUAUUCAUUGCUCAGCGAGUACAGGAAGAUAAAGAACACAGAUCCAAUACUCGAGAACCACUGUAUAGAGAAGAUUGUUGAGUGCAACAUCGAUUCUUUGUCAGUGAUACAAAGAUACGAAGUUUUGAAAGAAGUCAAAAACCAAACGAAAGAAAACGAAGAUGAUUUGAAGAACAUAAUGUGGUACAAGAGUCCUUCAGCUGCUGAUUGGGUUCUCCACCUUGUGAACUUCAGCCAGAGCUGUGCAAUGAUGUCAAUGAUUGGAUACAUCAUCGGAUUGGGAGACAGACAUCCUUCCAACAUAAUGAUUCAUCAAAGAACAGGAUCAAUGAUACACAUAGAUUUCGGAGAUUGCUUCGAAGUCAACAAGAUAAAGGUCAGAUUCCCUGAAACAAUUCCCUUCAGACUGACAAGAAUGUUUGUCAAUGCUUUCGGUCCAACAAAAAUUGAAGGAAACUUCAGAAUAACAUGCAAAGAAGUUCUUUCUCUCAUGAGAACACACAAAGAUUCGAUCAUGGCUGUGCUGGACAUUUUCCUUCAGGAACCACUGGAUAUUGACGUAAUUCCUGCAAAGGAAAACAACAAAGAGAACGAGGAAGGGCAAGUGAAUGAUGAGGAAAACUUCAAUUUCGGAGACAACUUCAGUUUGCAGAGUAAUGAUGACGAAGAAGUCAUGAUUCCAAUCAUAGAAUCAAUGAACAGAGUAAUGUGUAAGAUAAGCGGAAGAGACAAUGAGAAACAGAGCGAAUUGGAUAUACCUCAACAAGUUGACCAGUUAAUAAGAGAUGCAACAGAUAUGUAUAACUUGGCUCAUCUUUUCCAUGGAUGGUCACCUUUAUGGUGA